AUGGAUUUUUUAAACGUUAAAGGAAAAGUGAAUGUGGACAGUGCUAUAACAAAUUUUCAAUUUCGUUCCUACAAAUCUUACACAACCGGUGAAUUAAAUCAUAAUGAUGAAUGUCGACUUGUUAUCCAGCAACAGGACUUAAUAACGAUACCUGGAUUAAGUGAAUUACGUAUUCAAGGGAAACUGUUAAAAUACGACGAGUCUGGUGUUUCAACUAAAGUUCAAUUGAUCAAUAAUUUUAUCGCAUUCCUAUUUGAAGAAAUUCGAUAUGAAUUAGGAGGUAUUACAAUUGACAGAGUAAUAAAUCCUGGUAUUACUACUAGUAUGAAGGGAUACGUAUCAUAUACGCCCAGUGAAAGUACAGCUUUGAUGUUUGCAAGUUGGGUUCCCUUUGAUAAUGAAAAUAUCAACAAUGCAGCUACAGGAGAAUUUGAUGUGUGCUAUCCUCUUUCAUCAAUCUUAGGAUUUGCGGAAGAUUUCAAAAAGAUCAUAGUAAAUUGUCGACAAGAACUCGUAUUACGUAGAACAGCUGAUGAUCUAAAUGCCACAAUUGAGAAGACUGGAUUAGAGAAGGGUAAAAUUACAAAUUUGAAAAUUACUUGGUCAAUUCCACAUACCACAGUAUCGGAUUACGAAAAACUUAAAUUACUUGAGACGACAGAAAAAAAUAUACCACUUGAAAUAGCUUACAGGAGAUGGGAAUUAUUUAGAUAUCCACAACUACCGGAAACUCAUUCCUUCACUUGGGUGUUGAAAUCAUCGACAUUUUUGGAAAAACCACGUUUUGUAAUUUUUGGAUUUCAAACAGAUAGAAACAAUAAUUUGACAAAAGAUGCAUCUAAAUUUGAUCACUGCAAUUUGAAAAACAUCAAGCUCUAUCUAAACUCACAAUCCUACCCCUAUGAAAAUUUGAAUUUAAACUUUAGAAAUAGUAAGUACGCUUUAGCCUACAGUAUGUAUGCUCGAUUUCAGCAAUCUUAUUAUAAUAAACAGAUUUGUGAACCCUUACUGGAUCCGUUUAAAUAUAAAUCUACUGCACCUUUAAUUGUAAUAGAUUGUUCUUAUCAAAAUGACACAAUCAAACAAGGAACGGUGGAUGCGCGAUUGGAAUUUGAGACAAUUUCGGAUGUACCUGCAAACACUUCUGCUUUUUGCCUAGUCUUGCACGAGCAGUUUGUUGAAUACGAACCUCUUACCGGUGUUGUGAAAAAAGUAUAA